CCACACACGCGCAUACCUUCGCCAAAAUAAGAAAUGUGUCCCUCGCGCCACUCCGUCUGUUUCUAAGGCAACCCCAGUGCCUCCUAGCAACCACGCGUGCGGCCCGGGGUGGGCCUGCUGCGCCUUUCCCUCGCCAUGGCAGCGGCAAAUCCCAGUGUUUUCCUGCUCAUGGUAAACGGCCAGGUGGAGAGCGCCCAGUUUCCAGAAUACGAUGACCUCUACUGCAAGUACUGCUUUGUGUAUGGCCAGGACUGGGCUCCCACAGCGGGUCUGGAGGAGGGGAUCUCACAAAUCACAUCCAAGAGCCAAGACAUGCGGCGAGCCCUGGUGUGGAACUUCCCCAUCGACGUCACCUUUAAGAGCACCAACCCCUAUGGCUGGCCACAGAUCGUGCUCAGCGUGUAUGGACCAGAUGUGUUUGGAAAUGAUGUGGUCCGAGGCUAUGGGGCAGUGCAUGUGCCCUUCUCACCUGGCCGGCACAAAAGAACCAUCCCCAUGUUUGUGCCAGAGUCUACAUCCACACUGCAGAAGUUUACAAGCUGGUUCAUGGGACGACGGCCUGAGUACACGGACCCCAAGGUGGUGGCGCAGGGCGAAGGCCGAGAAGUGACCAGAGUCCGCUCUCAGGGCUUUGUCACUCUCCUUUUCAACGUGGUGACCAAGGACAUGAGGAAGCUGGGCUACGACACUGGGCCUGCAGACACACAGGGCAUUGCAGGGCCCAGCCUGCCCCAAGGCAUCCCAAGGUGAAGACCCUGGGUACUAUGCACACCCGUCCUGAGUCUCACUGGGCAGCUAAGCAGCUCCCUGAUGUUCAAGGGCACCUUCCUGGAGUCCGCCACUGACCCAUCAUCUUAAGUGCAGCUUGGUGCUGUGGGGUUUGGGAACAACAAAAUAGUUUUAUAUAAUAAAGUCACUUUGCAGAGAA